UAACUAUAUCUACAGCUUUCAAAGUAAGUCAAGGAUUUAAUAAUUUCUUUUGGCCCCCUUGAUGUACUGCUCUCUCCGCUGCUCUCAGGCCUGACGAGAAGCUCUAUCCCUUAAAACAGUUCUAUUCUUUCUAUUAUCCACUGAAUUACUCUUAUUGAACUGUGUUCUCUGCCUUGCUUAAUACUAAUUCUCACCUGCUAGCAGCAACUACUAUCUUCUUACUCUCUCAACGACUCAGUUUAGAUCACUAUUUCUGCCGGUCAUCUGAUAAGGCAAGAUGGGAGAUCGCAGCCUGGCCAAUGGUCAUGAGGCGGCUGUGUCAUCCGAAGCCGUAACCGAGAUGCUCAGUAAACCCUGGGGUGAUGUCUACCACAUCAGUCCAGAUGGCGAGAAGUACAUUUCACCACGAUGCCUGAUCGGCACCCCAGUGCAAAAGAUCACCGAGACCGACGACUACUGGAUGCCAGGGUGGUCCUCCCUUGAGGCUUACCUGGCAAAAGAGAGCUCGGAAGAAGAGAAGAAGAGAGAAUCAAAGGAACGAUGUCGACUCGACCCCCACAACAAGGAUCUUGCUAAGCAACACAAGCUCCAUAUGGAUAAUGUGUCUAAGCAUCGCAAGAUCCGUGAAAUUUUCGGCCAUGAUUCAUUGUACCAUCCGAACCAGCUUGUCUCCAAGCAUCACCUACCAACAGAGGGAUUGUGUGAGCAGGAAUUGAUGUACAAGCUUGCAUGCAAGGUCUCAGAUCUGCGAGUUUUACAACACAAAGGGGAACUUGCCAUGGACCCCUGGGACUUCCUCCGAUGGCGUAUUGCAAAGAAGAUGCAAUCGAUGUUCACAAUGUCUGCUCAGAGCGGCAGAGACGUGAUCAAAAGAAUUGUAUUCAGCAUCUGUGAGGAUUCUGGGUCAAAGAGCUCCUCUAAAAUCUACGAGGACCCUACACUGCGCGCCGCUAUCAUCCGCUCAGCUGGCUAUCAAGGCCGACUGGCCAGCUUCCGGAAGCCUGGGGACAAAUACAGGAUUACCAAGACCAGCACAUCUGGUAAGGGACGCAUCAGCCAACUACGCUCGAAACCCGACCCGAUUCCGUCGACACGGGCACAACAACAACAACAGAAAGAGAAUCCAAAGCUCUAAACACACUUUGGGUUUCAUCGUCGAGCGUCCCGAGAUAUCGGUGUAAUCUUUUAAUAGCUGGUUCUUAUCCAGGGACCCAUCCAGCCUUCUUUCCCAUUUUCGAGAACUUCAAGCCUCAGCCGUUUGGUCACUUUCCGAAGAUGAAGGAUGUGCGAGAUUCGGAGGAUGGAAGAUGGGGUUAAUAGGGGUGGCUCGCAUUAUGCCAGUGGUCUAUUCGUUUGUGCGUUGCACUUUUUUUUUUGGUUCGGAGUUUGGGGAGGGUUUGUACGACAAUUUGCUAAGGUAUACGUUUUGGAAGAUGUUGAGCUGCUGCACGCAUGUUUACAUUAAUACUAUAUGUGCUUACCUGCUUCGAUGCGUACAUAACUUUGAUCUUAUCUUCCAUGCAAAUUGGAAUGUCUUCUAGA